UGGAUAUUCUCUUUUUUCUCUCUGCAGCUGACGCUUCCUCUGCAAAAUUGGUUUGAUGGAGCAAAGGCACUCAGCGCAGCUCGGUACAAAAAGGCAACAACGCGACCAGCGUGCAUACAGCACGGAUCGUGUUGGACAUUUAACACAGCACCAGAGAACUCACACAGGAGAGAAACCCUUCAAGUGCACUGUGUGUGACAAGGCAUUUUCAUAUCCAUCAGUUUUAAGGAACCACCAGAGAACACACACAGGAGAAAAACCCUUCAAGUGCAGUCUGUGCGCGAAGGCGUUUUCACGGUCAUCUGUUCUUGUAUUACAUCAGAGAACACACACGGGAGAGAAACCCUUCAGUUGCACUCUGUGUGGGAAGGCAUUUUCAGAUAAAUCUGCUCUUAAAAAACACCGGAUAACACACACAGGAGAAAAACCCUUCAAGUGCAGUCUGUGCGGGAAGGCGUUUUCACAGUCAUCUGCUCUUGUAUUACAUCAGAGAACUCACACGAGAGAGAAACCCUUCAGUUGCACUUUGUGUGGGAAGGCGUUUGCACAUUCACAACAUUUUAAAAUACACCAGAGAACACACACGGGAGAGAAACCCUUCAGUUGCACUCUGUGUGGUAAGGCGUUUGCACAAUCACCAUAUCUUAAAUUACACCAGAGAACACACACUGGAGAGAAACCCUUCAAGUGCACUGUGUGUGACAAGGCAUUUGCACAGUCAUCAGGUCUUCAUAGACACCAGAGAACACACACGGGAAAGAAACCCUUCAGUUGCACUCUGUGUGAGAAUGCAUUUUCAUUUCCAUCAGUUCUAAGGAACCACCGGAGAACACACACGGGAGAUAAACCCUUCAAGUGCAGUGUGUGUGGGAAGGCAUUUUCAGAUUCAUCUGCUCUUAAACAACACCGGAGAACACACACAGGAGAAAAACCCUUCAAGUGCAGUCUGUGCAGGAAGGCGUUUGCACAGUCAUCAAUUCUUAAAAGACACGAGAGGACACACAAUCAUCAGAAGAUCCCCAAGAAAUUGAGUCUGAAAUCGGCUUGUGAAAGUCAAAGUGCUGCAAUGAGCCCAUCCCUCAUGAAACCAGAAGUGAAUCCCAGCUUGGACACUUUUAAAGGUAUCAAGGUGAAAUGUGAAGAGGCGAAGGUGAAAUGUGAAGAAAUGAUGAAGAGCGAAGAAGUGAAGGUGAAAUGUGAGAAAGUGAUGGUGAAAAGCGAAAACGUGACGCUGUGA